AUUUGGCAUUCGUAUUUCUUUGUUCGUGUUGUUAACGUCGGACGGUAUUUGAUAAGUGCAGUUUUUAUUAAUUUAACAUUUGCAAGUAAACAAAAAAAUCGAUACACAAAAACUGAGGUGGUGGCGUCAAUUAGACAUACAUAAAUUUAAGGAUUUUUUUGCAGACAAGAUUUUCGUCACAUUUGUAUAUAAAGAAGGUAUCGGCAUAGUCGACCUUGAUUAUUAACAGUGAUACGAGACUAGAAAACAGUCAUCAAAUCAAAUAACCAGCUGUUCCGUAAAAGAUAAGGUGAAAAAGUUGUUUUUCACAAAUAAGCACAUUCAGAGACGCAUAUAAAAGUUGUAAUUAAAAUGGCUACAUACUCGGGUGACGUAAAAUUGGACGAUCAAAUACAAUUAUGGCUAAAAUGGGACCGCAAUGAAAACACCAUAAAUGAAAUUAAACAAAUGAUUGAGACUAAAGAUUGGGAACAAUUGCGUAAACGAUUAUUGGAACGUUUGGCCUUUGGUACGGCCGGUUUGCGUGGAUGUAUGCGUGCCGGUUUUGAUUCCAUGAAUGAUUUGGUCAUUGUUCAAACUGCCCAGGGAUUGUGUGAGUAUGUUAAGCAACAAUACAAGCCUGAAGAAUAUGAACGUGGCAUUGUAUUUGGUUAUGAUGGCCGUUACAAUAGCAAACGUUUCGCCGAACUUUCCUCAACCAUAUUUAUACAGAGUGGCAUUAAAGUUUAUCUCUAUACUCGUAUGGUGGCUACGCCUUUUGUUCCUUUUGCUAUAUUACAAAAGAAGUGUUUGGCUGGUGUCAUGGUGACCGCUUCGCACAAUCCCAAAGAGGACAAUGGCUAUAAGGUGUACUGGGGCAAUGGUGCUCAGAUCAUUACGCCCCACGACAAGGGUAUACAACAGUCUAUACUCGAUAAUUUAGAACCAAAAGAUUCCUCUUGGAAUACAGAUAUUUUAAAGGGCUCGGCUCUUUUAGAAGAUCCCUAUGCAGAAAUGUACACAGCCUACUACACAACCUUGAAGGCAAAUAUACCAGCAAAGUUCAUGGAAAUCAAUGAGAAACAAAAAUCUUUGGGUAAAUUAAAGUUCGUUUAUACAGCCAUGCACGGUGUGGGUUGGCCCUAUGUCGAUAAGGCUUUCAAAGAGGCCAAUUUGCCAGAAAUUUUACCCGUAGAAGAGCAAAAGGAGGCUGAUCCUGAAUUUCCAACAGUCAAAUUUCCAAAUCCUGAAGAGGGUAAAAGCUCUUUAGAAUUAUCGAUUAAACUAGCCGAAGCUGAAGGGGUGACAACCAUUUUGGCCAAUGACCCAGAUGCCGACCGUCUGGCAUGUGCGGAGAAGGAUCCAAAAACUGGACAAUGGAAGGUUUUCAAUGGCAAUGAACUUGGCGCACUUAUAGGAUGGUGGUCUGUUGAAAAUUACAAAACUCUUCAUCCCGAUGUGAAUUUAUCUGACUGCUAUCUCUUGGCCAGCACUGUUAGUUCCAAAAUUUUACGCUCAAUGGGCCACAUGGAUGGUUAUAAUUUUGAGGAAACUCUUACCGGCUUCAAGUGGAUGGGCAAUCGUGGCAUUGAGCUAAUGAACGAAGGAAAACAAGUUUUGUUUGCAUUCGAAGAAGCUAUAGGCUUUAUGUUUUCCACAGCUGUACUCGAUAAAGAUGGCGUAAGUGCGGCCACACAUCUAGCCACCAUGGCUUGCUACAUCAAAGAAACUCAGGACAUAAAUCUAACACAGAAAUUAAAUGAGAUUUAUGAAAAAUAUGGCUACCAUUGCACAAAUUGUUCGUAUCUAUUUUGUGAUAAAGCUCCUGUUAUUAACCGAAUAUUUGAACGUUUGCGUAACUUCCAAGAUGGCAAACCUAAUACGUAUCCCCAGUCUAUACUCAAUGGUGAGUUUGCCAUUAAAACUGUCAGAGAUUUGACAACUGGUGUCGAUACAGCGCAGGCAGAUGGUAAAGCGCGUCUACCUGUGAGUGCCAGUUCACAAAUGAUAACAUUUACUUUUGAAAAUGGCCUAGUUAUUACUUUGCGCACAAGUGGCACCGAACCAAAGAUUAAAUAUUAUGCCGAAUUGUGUGCAAAGCCAGAAGAAAAAGAUUGGCAGUCCUUAAGAGAAACUUUAGAUCGUAUGGUUAGUGCGAUUGUUGAGGAAUUCCUACAGCCUACAGUAAAUGAUUUAAAACCUAAAACAGAUUGAAUUCUAUGUUGAAUUUAGUUAAUAAGUAAAAGUAAACACUUCUAUUUUCGUCUAAGUUAUUUGUAUGUAAUAAUUUGUGUAGUAUCUUUUUUAUAAUAGAAAUUUUAUAAUUGUCUUUGUUGCUUGUAUAUGUGUAUAUAAUAAAAUGCGACGAAACACAUUCCUAUUUAAUGUGUGUUAUACCUAUAAAUAUUUAAACAAUUUUGCGUCUUAACAUAUUUCAUAUUUAUGCACAUUUCUUUCUUUUUUGUGAUAAACAAUCUAGAAAUUUUUAUAAACAUAAUAAAUUUUCUCGAAACUUAAGUUUUUGAGAUAUGAUGUUAUUUUACCACAUGAGCGUUAUUAACAUUUAGUAGAUUUUAAUAUAUUGACGAAUUUACUAAUGUUAAUGCACAUUAAUUUAAAUAAACUCAUUUUUUUAUAAAAUACUACUCGUAUAUAAAGUUUUACAAAUAUAAUUGUAAACAUUUUUUUUAAUUAAAUUUGCCAUGGAAAUUUAAAAAUUUGAAUGAAUAAAUAAAUAUUCCACUUUCUUUUUUCAGGGUAUAUAUUUAUAGUAUCAUAUGCCAAAACAUAUUUUCUUGUAAGAAUUGUUUCUUAUAAUGUAUUAACAUAUGUAAUAAAAUAAAUUUACUGCUUCAAAAUAUAAAUAUUAACAA